AUGACGCAGGUGGUCGUUAUCGUGUUAGAGCUAUUCUCGGAAAUUCAGAGAAACGUAAACGAGAAACUCAGAUUCAGUUGUUUCGCUCGGCCACUCCUUGCUGAAUACGACAGUUACAUCAGUAAGGAAGUUUGGGAAUUUUUAGAAGGUGAUGGGUCCAGUUCGGAGGGCGUGUUACAGCGGCUAUCUAGUGAAAGUAGUUGUCCGCCGUAUAAAAACCGACGGACCACUGAUGUGAGGCACAUUCAGACUCAUCUUUUCUUCUCUAGCACGUUCACCAUGAGGACAUUCUUAGUUUCCCUACUGCUCGUCGUGGCCGUCGUCGCCGGUACCGACGAGAAGAAACAUGACAAACGCGGUAUCCUGCACGGCGGCUUCGUGCCGAGUCCCAUUGAUCACGGGUACGACCAUGGAUUCGGACACGGAUAUGGAUACGGGCACGGGCAUGGACACAUUCUUCAUGGCGGAAGCAUCGGCCACGGAGGCUUCAUCGGAGGAAUAUCGCACGGUCAUGGAGGUUAUACACCCGGCUUCGGUCAUCAUCAUGGCAUUGAUAUCGGUCAUCAUCAUGGCAUUGAUAUCGGUCAUCAUCAUGGCUCGGUUCAUCACGUGCACGGAACCAUCGUGAACCGCGUGGUGCCGGUGCCAGUGCCCGUGCCCCAUCCCGUCCCGGUGACCCGUAAGGUGCCCGUGCCAGUGCUGCACCCCGUACCCGUCGAGGUGAAGCGCCCGGUUCCCGUCUCGGUGCCACACCCGUACCCGGUCUUCAUCACCAAAGCCGUCCCCGUAAGCGUGCCCCGUCCGGUCCCAGUGCCAGUGCCCCAUCCCGUGCACGUGCCGCAUCCAGUGCCGCACCCAGUCCCAGUCCCGCAGCCGGUCCCCGUGCCAGUACAUCAUCACGAACCUUACCCGGUGCCAGUGCACCCUCAGCCGAUCCAUCCGAUCGCGCCGAUCGCACCCAUUGCACCGGUCGCGCCAAUCCAUCCGAUCGCGCCGAUUCCAUCUAUCGCACCGAUCGAACUUGGACACGUUGGACAUAUAGGACACGGUCAUUUUGAAGGGGGUGCGUUAGAAGGAGGACACAGCUCCAGCCUCUCCAUCGGCUCGGUGGGUCUAUCGGCGCCAGAUCUUCAUGUGAGUGAGCACUUGCAUGGUGGCAUCGAACACGCCAGCGACGGAUACUCGUACCCGAUACCAGCGAAGAAGUUCCUCUACUGAAACUGAGGAUAAGGAGGAAGGAGUCCGUGUUGAGAGAGCGACGUAUCUCGAUCAGCUCGCACGUAGGCACGCGGGACACGGCUGGUCCGAAUCACACCUUACUUAUUCCUGCGUUUUCACUUGAGUUUUAUGAAUUCGCGAACACGACGGGACGUCGGUGAGAUCACGAUUCAAAAUUUCGCACAAUUUUGCUGGAACCGCAAGAAAUCGGGGACUGAGGCAUGUAUCGGUUUUACUUUCGCGCGUUCGACAGUGACAGGAGAAAGGAUGAGAGAGAGAGAGAGAAAGAGAGAUAUUGCACAUUUCGAGGGCGCGUGAAAGUAACGCGAUGCUAAGGCCAAGAAGACGGAUCAUGCGAGGCGCGCGCGCGAUAUGAAGAUAAAAGUAAUACGAGAAUCUAUUUAAUAUUUCCUGUUAUGGUAAUCCGGCACGGAUGGGAGAAGAUCGCCAACAAAUCACUUGAGACGUAUCGCUUGCCCGUCUGGCUGGAUCGUAUUCCGAAGAGAACACGAUCACAGAUGCAGAAUCAAUCGCGACUAUUUCCGCGUCUUUUAUCCUCGAAAUUUUUAUACCAAAAAAAGGUCUACCACCAUUAUACAAUUAUACCGAAUUAUAAAUCAAACUAGGUGGGUUUUUAAUCAUAAGCACAAUCGUGUAAACUGUUUAAUGUAUUUGUAAAUAAAGUAAAUCUUAUAUUA